CAUGAUUAUAACUAUCAUUCAAUCUCCAAUGAUCGAUUGAAAUACUCUUAGUAUUUAGUUACUCACAGAAUUGACAAUGAAAAGUUUAAAAGAAGCUCCAAUAAUAGGUAUACGACAUGUUGAAGCAUUUCUGUUAUUUUUGCUAUUAACUAUAGCUAUUGGAAUGCGAGUACAACUAGCUAUAGCUCUAGUUGCUAUGACAGAUAAAUCUAGUAGUCCUAAUAAGGAUGUUCCAACAUAUGAUUGGACAAAUACUAGUACACUCUUGUCUUCAUUUUUAUGGGGAUAUCUAUUUCUUCAAGUACUAGCCGGGAAUUUGGGAAGAAUAUACGGUACAAAAUACUUUCUCAUGAUAGCAAUGGCGAUAAACUCGAUUCUUCAUUGUCUAUUACCUAAAAUGUCCGAAUUACUUGGUUCUUAUGGAGUCAUGUUAUGUAGAAGUUUGCAAGGAAUUUCUCAGGGAUUUUUUUAUCCCUCUAUUUACAAUUUAUUACCAUUGUGGUCUCCAAAAAACGAGAUGUCUUCAAUUGCUUCUUUAGUUUUUGCUGGUGCCCCGUUUGGUUCAAUUGUUACCAUGCCCAUAGUAGGAUACAUUUCAUCCACCUGGUAUGGAUGGCCAUUUUCUUUUUAUGUAUAUGGUGGAGCAGGUUUUUUAUGGAUAGUCAUUUAUUAUUUCUUUGGAGCGGAUAGUCCAGAUAAACACCCGACGAUAUCCAAAGAAGAGAAGAACUACAUUUUAAAGAACGUAGAAAAAAAAGAGCAGGUCAAGUUGCCGUUUAAGAAAAUAUUGACUAACCUUUCUUUUUGGACGAUUCUAAUCAACGCAGUGACUCAGUUUUGGUGCUAUCAAACUUUAAUCUCAGAGACGCCAACAUAUAUGAAUAAAAUUAUGAAAUUUAGUAUAGAUACCAAUGGUCUUUUGUCGUCAUUACCAUCCAUUGCCAGUUUUAUAAUAAUGAUAGUAGCUGGUUAUUUAUCAGAUAUUCUCAUUAAUAAGAAAUUAUUAUCUGUUUUAUGGUCCAGAAGGAUAUUUAAUUUUGUAGGAUGCUUGGGUCCAGGAUUGGCAUUGCUAACACUAGCAUUAAUACCCUCUGACGCUAUAAAUACAUCUGUUGCGAUGCUUGUUAUAUCUACUGGUAUGCAAUCUUUCACAGUGCCUGGGGUGCAAUUGAAUCUGAUGGAUAUUGCACCAUCAUUUUCGGGAGUCCUUCUUGGAAUGGUUAACAGUACUGGAAGUUUUGUUUCAAUUUUUGGGCCAUUAUCUGUCCAGUUCAUUGUACAGGAUCAGACGAACAAAUCACAAUGGGAGAUAAUAUUUCUGAUAGGUACAGCAAUGUAUAUAUUACCAGCCAUAUUAUUCUUAUUCACUUCGUCUGUCGAAAUUCAAGACUUCGAUCCAUCUAAAAAGGAAGCCAAAAGGGAAAGAAUGAAAAAACAAUCUGUAAUAUCUAUUAUCUCAAUAAUGAUAGAGAAGGGAAGAACUAUUUACGGUUAUACCUUAUCCACCAAUCCAAGGCAAAGUAUUUGGAUUCCAUCACACACCGGCAUCCCAGGAAAAGAAGUGGCAGGCCAAUGUGCCAAAGAAACAGCAUAUAACAUCGAAGCAGAAAUUGUGCGCGAAGGGAUAAUCGAAGUCAGUGCAAGUGUUGACUCAUUUCCGAUUUUGGGAGUUCGGCAUGUUCAGAUUUUUUUCCUAUUUACGUUGCUUUCCGUUGGCGUUGGAUCUCGAGUUCAGUUUUCUGUCGCGAUUGUAGCCAUGACAGACAAUUCGACAACCACAAAUCCUAAUGUACCGGUGUAUGAAUGGAGCAACAAGAAUAUUAUUCUUUCUGCUUUCUUCUGGGGAUACGCCGUCUUACAAGUUAUUGGUGCUAAUUUAGCAAGAAACUAUGGAGCGAAGCCUUUUUUAUUAGGAGCAAUGGGAUUGAAUACUGGUAUACAUUUUUUGAUACCUUUCGUGGCGGGUUGGUGGGGCUCGUACGGUUUGAUGGUUUGCCGCUUAAUACAAGGUUUGGUACAGGGAAUAUUUUAUCCGUUACUUUAUAAUGUGAUUGCCAAAUGGAUUCCGGCUUCGGAGAGGUCAACAAUGAGCUCCAUCAGUUUAUCCGGUGGUCUUUUCGGAGUAAUUUUCGCCAUGCCGAUAGCAGGAAUCAUAUCUUCGUCAUGGGCUGGUUGGCCAUGGUCCUUCCAUUUAUAUGUUAUUUUAGGAAUAUUGUGGAUGAUAGGAUACGCUUUAUGUGGUGCCAGUUUACCUUCUUCUCAUAAUCGUAUCUCAUUUGCCGAACGGAAAUAUAUUGAAGAUCAUUUAGCGCCCGAAACUCCUGAACUGAAUAUACCAUGGCGAGGUAUUUUCACUAGCUUACCAUUCUGGGCAACUUUUAUUUGUGUAGCUGGACAUACUUGGGUCUACCAAAUGAUUAUGGUGGAAAUGCCUAACUAUUUUAAUAAAGUGAUGAAGUAUGAUAUGACAGCUAAUGGUUUGGUGUCGUCAAGUCCCUACAUAGCAUCUUUUUUGCUACUGUUUGUUUUUGGUUAUUCAGCUGAUUACAUUAGUAAUCGAAAUAUAUUGACCAGAACUGGUACUCGAAAACUUUUCACUCUUCUCGCUAGUGUUGUUCCUGCCAUUGCCUACGUGAUAUUAAGUUACGCACCUGAUGAUAAACCUAUUAUAUCUGUGGUAAUGUUAAUAAUAGCCAUAUCAGGAGAUAUCGCUUCAGCCUGCGGAUUUGCUAUAAAUCAUAUUGAUUUGUCUCCUAAUUUCGCAGGAGUUCUAUUAGGAAUUUGCAACACAGUGGCCGAGAUGCUCUCUAUUUUUGGCCCAACAGCUGUACAUCUGAUUGUUACUGAUGAAUCAGAUAGAUCUCAAUGGAGGAUAAUUUUCCUGGCAUCAGCAUUAUCAUUUCUUGUCAGUGGUAUUUUAUUUCUAUUUUUUGGAUCAGCUGAAGUUCAGCCUUGGAAUCAUGUCAAAUUGAAUGAAGACGUCUCCAUGGAAUUAAUCCAACAACAUAAGGAGGAAGUAAUUAUGACGACAAAUUGUUGACAAAUAAAAUAUAUGCAGAUUUCUGGAUUUCGGAUACUAAAUUUUUCAAUUGAUACAAAUAAAAGAGGCGUUUGUUUCAUUUGUGUAUUAUAUACUAAAGAAGUAAUUAUUCACUAUGAAUCAUAAUUCAUAUUUUUAAUAUCAAUUCAAAAUCAAAGUAUCAUUUAAGUUCGUUUUACUACACUUUGAGUGUACUUAGAUACUUCAUAGUUUGGUUGGGCUCCUAAUCAUCCUAAUCAAGUUAAUUAUAUAUAAACAGGGAUGACAAAAUUUGAAUAACAGUAAAUGUGAUACUAGGGAUACACCAUACUACCUAACUCUUUUUUUUUUAAUUAAACCACAAAAAAUCAACUUAUGAUAUACGAGGCGGUAGUUGCUUGGAAAAUACCACUGAAUUAGAAAGUACACAAUCUAUACAACAAAUGUUUCAAGUCAAGCCACGUUGUUUAGUAUUUGUUUGACAUCAAUCAAUGAAUGUUUUUAAUGAAUUCUAAACAUGGCAAAAUUUAUCGUUGUUAUAUGAUACAAAACUUUUAUUUGGAACGCUUUAGUUUAACUGAUAUAAAAGCUGGGUAGCAGAGUUAAAAUAAGACCGUACGAUCUUGCGAAGACUAGCAACAUAAUGGUCAACCAAAUGAGGUGACCACUCCAGAAAUGUUGAAGAAAAUCCACAAAGAGGUACUGGAUUAUCGUCGAUUGUAUGUGCCAGAGCUAGCAGACAUAGUAGGCAGAUCAAAAAGUGCUGUACUUACAUCGAAUAUUAACUGAAAAUUUGGACAUGAGAAAACUGUGCACAAGACGGGUGCCGCGUUUGCACACAAUCGUAGAAAAACAGCGUCGUGAAGAUGUUUCUAUUGAGUGUUUGGCAAUUUUUUACAGAAAUUUUUGCGCCAUUUAUACUUAUGGAUGAAAAGUGGAUCCAUCACUUCACACCUGAAACAAAAAGACAAUCGAAACAAUAGACUGAAGAGGGAAAAAUGGCUCCAAACUAUUCCAUUUGCAGUCAAGGUCACAGCGUUAGUUUUUUUGAGAUGCGCGUGGGAUAAUUUUCAUUGACUACCUUGGAAAAGGAAAAACUAUCAACGGCGUGUAUUGUGCGAACUUAUUGUAACGUUAUUGCAAUGGCUAAAAUUAAUGAUUUAAAGUUUGAAUCGCUUCCUCAUACACUCUAUUCAUCAGAUUUAGGGGUGAUGUCGGCAGUUAAUGGCUAUUUUGAGGAGGUUGACAAUUUUUGUCAUAAAAAAGUGUAUCGAAGUUAUUGAACAUCGCUGGGAAAAGUGUAUGGAGCUAAAAGGGAUUGAAAAAUAAAUAUAUCCUUUUUUUCCCUUCUAUUCUGUGUAGGUGCUGAGCAGCUCUGAUCCAACCCACAAUUCUAAAAGAAGGACAAUUCACUUUUGCAAAUAACUUUUUGAAUCCAACUUUUGUGGAGUAACUCUACUUGAACUCAGUUUAUGUUACUUUUCAAUUCUAAGUUGAGAUAAAACAAGCUUAUUCAUCACUAGAUUAUACCCACACAAUCUGGUAGUUGUCCAAAAUUAAAAAUUUUGUAUGAGUGUAAAUUCUAUUUUACGUAGAAAAAUAUGACGACACAAGAAGAAUAAUUUAUCUAAGGCGGAUUUCAUUAGAAAAACUGAUUUUCAAUUCGUACCCGGGCUUUAUUCAGACAGUCUGACUACACUAAGAUACAUCCUUGAAAUGCUACACGUCGGGCUUAAAGUUAAUGUAGUACUACAUACGUAUGCCUCAAAAAAUCUUUUAAGAUUUUAUAUAUCAAUGAAAAACUGAUCCAGCUAUAAUGAAUACAAGUUAUGAGUGAAGUUAUUUAGCACUUCUAGCUAGCUUAAAUUUAUUUUUUGCAGUUACAAGUCGACUUAUCAAAAUUUUUUAUUUCAUAAUCUUGUCUAAAUUGUAUUGAAAGGAAUUCUUUAAUAUUUUUUGUUGUCGGUUUAUUCUGUCAUAAAUAAACGCUUUCGAGGUGGAUCAAUUUCGUUUACGAUAUUUUCCCCUAAUAUUCCCGUCCCAGUACCUCAUUGGAAAAUGCGAUGAAAAGGAUCAUUUGAAGGUGACAAAAAAAACGAUGUUUGGGUGAUUUACUUUGUUAAAACGCAAUCUCAAAUGAUGAAGUUUUAAACUUUAUCCCACCACUUUCGAAUGUAUACAUCAAACGCUAACACUUUUUGUCGUUACUAGUUUUGCACUCAAUACAAUAAUUUUAUCUCUAUCAUAUUGAGUGUUAAUAUCCAUGACAUUGAAUGUGAACUCAACUGAAUAGUGGAUUUCCCAAAUAAUUAUUGUAGAGUAAUCAUUUCUAUAUUAUCAGCUUAUAUUUCUGUACUUAUAUGUUAUUCAACUAUAUCUCCACCAUAAUACAACAUUUGAAUAAUUCUUAAAGACGAAUUGUACGAAUAUUUUUUAAUUUUUAGUGUAUUUUGAAUAAAGUGUGUUUUUUUCAAUCUAUAUUUUAUUACACACAUUAAUUUCACAUGAAAUAUAUUAAAAUUUGUUUUGAUCAAGUUUUUAUGAUAAAAUUACCAUGAACCUAGAUAACAACUAGAAUUUCUUUGCAAUUAGCUUUGCAUUCGUUUGAGAAUUUUGUGUAAAAUUGACAUAAACGACGCGUCGGUGCUGCAUGGAUGGAUACAAAUGUUUGACUGCCUUUUACAUCUGUCAUAAAAAUUACCAAUUAAAAAGUGGGAAGCUCGAGGAACAGAUAAAGAAAUUGAUCAGGAAAACAAAGCCCGUAUUCAGAGAGAAUUUAGGAAACGAACUGGUUUAAUCAUAGAUAAACCUAAGCCCGGAUUUGGUAAUUCAAAUGAUGGGAAUGCCGCUUGACGUUUUUUUAAGGACGCAGAACUUUCAGCUGAAAUUAAUCACAUUGACAAGAAUUUAAUUAAAAAGAUGCAUAUUAUAAUGGAAGUAGUUUAAAGUGAGCAUGAAAUUGAUGCAGAAAAAUUCAGAGUUUUCACACACGAAACCACUCGAUACUUUGUUGAUAAAUAUCCCUGGUAUAAUAUGCCUCCUACUUUACAUAAAUAUUUUAUUCAUGGCCCUGAAAUAGUGUCCUCUGCUUUGUUGCCUAUAGACCAAUUAACAGAACAAGUUCAAGAAGCCAGAAACAAAGAUUUUAAAAACUAUCGGGAGCUUUUUUCAAGAAAGGCACCAAACGAGGAUAUUUUUAAUUCAUUUUUACUCAGUUCCGACCCCGUAAUAAACAGUAAAAGACAAUUUUACAAGAAAAAAAUUGAGUGCCUUCCUAAAGAAGCAAGGGAUUUAUUAAAACCGAGAUUUUUGCAUUUAUAUCGCCAACAAAGGCGAUGACAAGAAUAGUUCUUUUGAUUCUGAAGAUGAUGGAAUGUAAUAUUUGUAUCUUUUUUGUAUGGAUAUGUAAUCACGUAAAUAAAUAACUAGAAGAAAAUAGUUAUAUCUUACGAUAAUGUCUUGUUGAAUUAAAAUAAAACUCA